AUGAAUCAGUUACUGAUACCGGAUGAUAUCAGUAUUCCUGAUAUGCCGGAACCAGAUUGCACUGAAUUAAAGAAUAGUUUACGGAAAUCAUUGGACAAAUUAUUGCCAAAUAAUAAAUUAUUGCCAAAUGUAUCAAAUGAUGAAACUGUUGAAAAGGAUUACACAUUGGAUAGUGACGUUGUUGAUAUUGCUGUCCGUGUUGCUAUGAUUCGCUUUUUUAAUAGUGCGAACGUAUUUGCAAAUUUCUGUGAGCAUACACGUACUCUGCGUCUCUAUCCACGACCAGUUGUUGCGCUUCAAACGGAAUCUUUCCUACGUAGCCGUCCGCAGUUCACACGAUUUAUUGCUGAACUUUGCAAAACCCAGGCUGUGGAAUAUUUUGCCGAAUGUUCCUUAUGUCCACAUAACGAAACAUACGUACGAGUACAGGCGGGAACGGAUGAUCCAAAACAAAUUGGUGAUAAGGGGAAAUGGUUCAACGAGUCACUGAUGCCUAUCCAUUUCACCGUAUAUUCGAACGAUUCAGCGCUUGUUGAUGCAUGGCAAAAAGUUGCAAGCGAACGACAAAACAGUGUGACAGAUUCAAAUGGUGAUGAAGUAAGCGAUGCUGGAAAUACUGAUGGUGAAAGUUUUUCCAGUAUUGAUGAUCUUAUGUUCGAUAUUCCUGAUCAAGCCGAUGUAUCUAUCGGAGCAGCAAAACCACUUGGAGAGGUAGACGAUGUUUAUAAGGAGCCAUUGACAUUAGCUAUUCCGAGAAGUGAAAGUGUACACUCGGUUGGUAGUUCGACAAGUAGUGGCCAAUCUACUCCAUCUUCAUCAAUUUCGACGUCAGCACUGGAUAGUGAGGCCGAUUUUGCAAGGCUUGCCGAAAAUUUAGCAUUAAAAUCAGAUAGCAGGGGUGACUUCUUCUUCCAUCCUUCAAGUGAAUCUACUCCAGUAAACGAUCGUCAAUUCUCAGCAUCUCGUACACUAUCAUCACGAUCUGGAAGUUCAACCAGUACGACAACCAACAAGACACCACCAUUAAAAGCUGGUAUUAAGGGUUUGGCACACUUAGCAGAUUCAGGUGAAAAAGUUCUUGGACCACAAUUCAUGAAUGCACUUAACGGAUAUGCGGAGAGAAGUCAUGACAUGUUAAAUCAGGUUUUACAUCGUACAGCUCCUAAAGCUCAGGCUCUACGAGAUAAAGCUGUUCGUCCGAUUGCUUUGGCUGCAGCAAAUGGAGUAGAGCAAAGCCAGCAUCUUGUAAGGACAAAAAGUAGCAUGAUUGGCAAUAGAAACACUAAUGCAGCUGCACAGCAAAGUAAAAAUCAACAAAUUGUUCGCGAAAUAUGUGAUCAAAUCCUAGCUGGUCAGGGAGUUGGCGUUUUCACAUAUCCGAAAUUGAAACGAUUAAUGGAAGAUGAAAGUUUGAGGCAACUUGUUUGUUCCAAAUUAAACCUUGGUCUUGAUGUGCAACAUUUUGAAGACGACUUCAUGCAAGAUAUGCAACUAACUCGAAAUCAGUACAAGGGGUAUUUAAAAGCUUUACAAACAUGCAUUGCUGGUCUGGAGUAUUCAUAUAACUCAUCUGGUUCUAAUGGCCUUGCUUCAUUAUUCCAUAUACUUGAAAUAGCCCAUUCUCAUUACUGGACAAAAGAGACCGAAGUAACAUCACCACCAAGCGCAUCUGGAAGCUUGUUUAAUACUCCAUCCUCAUCGUCAUAUGAUGUACAGCGACAACAGCAUGACAUUUCGUCACCAGCACGUUCACUGCCAAUGCCGAUCCCACUACCACCAUCGAUGCCAUCACCUGCGAGUCAAGCUCCUAAGCCACCUAUUCCACCGCGUAUUUCUCAUGAAGCACAUGGAAUUGUAUUACCUACUGGUCCACCACCACCACUUCCACCACGACCGGUAGUUCGUCAAAGCACAUGUGAUGAUAUGCAGUCACUUUCAAAACCCAAUAUCCAGCCAAAAAGUUUGGAGAAAGUAGCGAAGGCAAAUAUUACUUUACCUGACACCAAAAAUUUCGAAUUAAACCUAAAUCCGGAUAGUAAAAUAGAAACAAGUGCAACUACAUCUCGACAUUCAUCAUUCAGUUCAACUAUUAAAUCUUGUCUUCAUUUACACCCACCGGAUAGUUUGUCAUUCGAUUCAACAACUUCAUCACGUAUUUCAUCUGAUGUAAAACCAAUUCGGCACUUCAUUUAUCAGGACUUGAUAUUGUCUUCGCCGAACCCGUUAUGGCAAAAGAUGGAUUUUUGGGAAAAAGCAUUUUUCGAUGUGGUGGCGCAGGAACGCGAUAUUAUAGGAAUGGAUCAAGAACCAUGUGAAAUGAUUGAUAGAUAUUGUAGUUUGUCAGAAUCUGAAAAGCGUCGUUUGGAGUUAGACGAGGAUCAUCUCUUGUCUACAUUACUACAUAAUUUAACAUCCUAUAUGAUUAUGUGCGGUGGAGGUCAACGAACUGUUCAACAGAAAAUAAGACGGUUGUUAGGCAAAGCUCAUAUUGGUUUGGUUUAUUCAAAAACGAUCAAUCAACUUUUGGAUGAUCUUCCAAAAACUCAAAGUAAUGGGAUACCGUUGAGACCGCUUGGAAGUCGUCUUAUUCAAAAACAAUCGUUUACUGUUCAUGGAGGAGCUACAGCGCAAGAUCCAUUGAUGUUUGUAGAGGUAUGUGAUGAUGCAGUAGUGCUUCGAGCAGUAACAGGCGCUAUCACAGAACGAUGGUGGUAUGAGCGUAUAGUCAAUAUGACAUAUUCUCCCAAAACACGUGUUUUAUGCUUAUGGCGACGACAUGAAGGAAAAGUGCAUAUGCAUAAGUUUUACACAAGAAAGUGUCGCGAACUGUACACUGCAAUGAAAGAAGCGAUGGAACGAGCUGCAAUACGUGGGAAAGUUACACUAUCAGGACGAGAUUUAGGUGGCGAAUUUCCGGUUCAGGACAUGGAAUCAAAUCAAGGUGGAUUAUUGCAAGUGCGAAUAGAUGGUAUAACAUUGCUUUUCGAAGAAAGACAGCAUUUCGUUGAAUUGAGCAAUAUUAAAAAAUGCAAUACCUUUGGUGGAAAUGUAUUUGUUCUUGAAGAAUAUGAUCGCAAAAAGAAUGAACUGAUACAAAGGCGUUAUUUAUCGCAAAUGGCGUCCGAUAUUGCAUGGUCAUUACAUCGUGUGUUUUCCAUACGCUACACAGAACAACCAUUAAAUAAGCAAGAAACUGACGUGAUUGAUGCAAAUGCUGCAUCAGAAUCAAUUUCAUGCAUACAUUCAACGUGCAACGAUAAUUUUUCAAACGAUUCAACUGCUGAUCAGAUCUGUUAUGCAAUUUUAUGUGUUUUCUCGAUCGUUGCUGCAGGACGUCGAACAAGUGAUAUAAGUAAAGGCGGCAUGAAAUUUCCAAAAAGCCAAUCAUCGCCAACACAUUUUCCAUUGAAACCAAAACCGUAA